AGGAGCGACGGGAGCGCAACUAUCACUCUUGCAUCGCUAUAGCAUUGCUCUCAUCAGUAGCUCUCCGGCGACUUUAACGCCUCCCUGUGACAUUCGCGCGCAGGGGGAUUGAACUUGUGUGGAGUGGUCGCAAGAGACAUCAGCCCGGUUUCUCUUUGGGGGAAUUACGCACUUUUGAUGACUUCCUCCUCAGUGUGCUUUUAAGAUGGGACGCGGCACGAUCAUGGCACAUUGGAGCACAUCGCUAUUGCGCGAGCUCUAUUUUCUCACCCGGCUCCGGAGGGCUGGUACUCUGGCGUUGCAGUAGCCCUCCUCACCCCUGCUUCAGUGUGUUUGUGCGCGGGCUCCGGGAUCUGGGCAGGAGGCUCAAAAGGAUUGCCCCGUUUAGUGGAAAACAAAACCAGUGGAGUUGAAGCAGAAAGUGGCAAACCGCUCUACUGUCUCACUUGGAUCCUUUACAAUUCUCUGUGAUCAUGUCAUCGAGUUUAUAGAUUUGGGGGCUUCUUCUGUUUGAGGUGAAGAAAAGGAGAAGCAGGAGGAAGAGGAGGAGGGGGGCUAAGGUGCGAGUGAAUGCAGCCAUGGCCUGUGCACCCUGUCCAUAGAGGAUCUACUGAGUGGAAGACAGAUCAGAGAAGACAGAGACAACCAACAGGAUGAAACUGUGGGGGAGGUCAGCUUGGCCUGUGCAGGUGGCCUUCCUCGUUGCCUUGGUGAUGCUCUGCAUUGACCCGGUGUCCGCUGGCAGCCGUAACCAUCGGGGACCGACAGUCUCAUACCAGGUGAAGCAGGGGACAUGUGAGGUGGUGGCCAUCCAUCGCUGCUGUAAUAAGAAUAAGAUUGAGGAGCGCUCUCAAACCGUCAAGUGUUCCUGUUUCCCUGGGCAGGUCGCUGGCACCACCAGAACCAGACCCUCCUGUGUGGAAGCCUCCAUCGUAGUCCAGAAGUGGUGGUGCCAGAUGCAUCCGUGCAUGGAUGGAGAGGAGUGUAAGGUCCUGCCUGACCUGACUGGCUGGUCCUGCAGCACUGGCAACAAAGUCAAAACCACCAAGGUCACACGAUAGCAAGAGAGACAGUGAGCCACGAGGAAACCUGAAACUCUCCAUGUGGAAAGGAUGGAUGACUCACACAUAUUUACUGUACGAUGGGGGGAAUUAUCAAAGAAAGGACCACCGUAAGGCCAUCCAUCACAAACCAAUGGGACAAAAUGUACUCAUCACAAACUACGUACACUUGGCUACAUGGAGCCCCACAUACAGCACACACAGUAUGCUGGUUGUUGAGACCAAUGGACUACAAUCAUGGAAACCCAGGGUAAAUCUGGACACGAAUGGACUCUUGUUUUCCGAUAAUGGACAAAAUGUGGACUGAUGAAAAGUAAUGGUUGAUUUCAAAGAGGGAUUACACAUUUCAAAGUAUAUAUUUCAACAAAGCAUUCGUGGAUGAGUGUGAGAUGUGAACUAAAAGCUGUGCUUUGAAUGCUUCUAGUUGUCCAUAUGUAGAGCUUGGAGACAGUGGAGAUGAUUUGGGAGAAAUGAAAGCGAUAGCAGCUCAUAACUAGCAAAUAGCAAAUUAGCAUCAAAUUGCUCUUGUGGGUCAAGUCACUAUCAUCAAGACUGUUUUGCGGGAGUCAUUUUGCAGUUCUAAUUAGGAAUUUCAGUGUAGGAUCAUAACAACAUAUUAAAAAUUCAUGUAAUAUAUUUGCACUAGUUGAAACCGUUUGGGAAUGUUUUUGUUUUUCUAGAUAACUCCCAUCUUUUGCCGUGGAUGUCACAUGAAGAUGAGGUGAGCAUUUUGUAAAAUGUCAAACACUUGAAGUAGAUGAAUAUAUAUAAAUAUAUAUCACGCCCCAUUAUUCCUGAGUAGUAAUUAAUUAAAAAUGGCUCUGACUAUUGAGCCUCACUUACGUACAGCUUGGCACAAUAUGAACUAGCAAAGUGUGAUUCAUUUGUCUCAUUUUUGCCCAGAAACAUUUUCAAGCUCAGCCUUCAAAGUUAUAUAUCUUUGAUCUAUUAUAUUCAAUCUCUUAUGUUAACUGUUAAAAGGAGGCCCAUAAAAUGUUCAAACAAGGACUAGUUGUCUUUAUGUUGUUAUUUCGUUUUAUUGGGAAUACUCUCCGCUUUCUCUCUCUUCAUUUUCAGAUUCGUAAUUUUCAAAGGCACUGUAAACACAAAACAAUUCUAUGAAUAGGCUUCUUUUUAGCUACCUUUGUUCAGAGAUGCAGUAUGUUUUUGUUGGCACAUUGCCCAUUGAUUGCCUCCAGAAGCUCCCCUCCACCUCAAUGCUUCAGUGAGAUAUACUGAAAUAAUUGCCUUCGAUAAUGACAGUUCAACCUUCCCUUUGCAAACAUGUUUUUUUUCCCCACAGGGCUCGAUCAUUACUGCGCUGAGUACAAUAGCGUAGCGCCCCAAACAACCACCUUAAAUCUCUCAAUUAUCUCUGUCCGUUCUCCCUCUCACACUCGCCUCUUCUUUGAACCUUUCUGUCCCUCUCUUGUGCCCAUCUCUCUGUUUUCUGCCACAUCGCAUACAAUACAAUAGAUGGCACAGUUAAAGUAGUUUUCACACACCACAUUAUCUUUAUCCCUCAGCCGUUUGUACCAAUGUGCUGCCUUUUUGCUCUCAUGCUAUCCAAAUCCAUUUUUUCCUCUUGUAGACACAGAUCGAAGUGCAAGUCUUUCUCGAACUGCAUCUGUCUGCCUCUCUGAUAUGUGAAUGUGUUGGGUCAGUGUGCCCAGGGGUUAGCCCGCCGGGGGCUGCUCCUCUGCGAAUGAGAGCCUCUGCUUUCAGACAUGCUGCUUUGUGAGCUAUGAUAAAUCUGUGGGAGCUGAGCUGCUGCCUCUCCAGCACCAGUGCUGAGCUCUGAGCCAGAGGGAGCUGGGGGGCAGCAGGGCUACCAGUGGCAGGCAGCUCCACUCUCUCAUUACUGAGAGGCCUGGAUAGCACUGGGCUUCUCUCGGGACCACUGACAUGGAAUAUUUUUAGGCCUACGGUGCAGCACUGCAGUUAGGCCAGUCACACCACAAUGCCCUCUUUCCUUCAGCAGCAUCUCAGCAACAAUGGUCCAUUUAGAGCAGGGAUACGAUGACGUUCUGCAGACGCAUGCGCACACAAGCAAAUACACCUACAUUCAAACACAAACGUUGCAAGCCUCCCACCCACAAACAUACUAAUGUGGGACAACAGGAAUCAGCAGAGAAUGUGAAUGUAAGGGCUUUGUUUGCUUUCCUGCCCUCUCUCCUCCCCUCUUUCUUCCCUCUCUUUCCAUCUCUCUCUGUCUCUCCCCUAGAGGUUUCGUGUUCUGUAGAUGAGCCUGGCGCCUUGCUCCCUCCGUCCUACAUUGCUCUCUGCAGCAGAAUCAAUAUUUGAGGACAAUUUGCACUGCGAUGCUCCCUGGUGGCUGGGGUUUGACGCUGCAGCUCCACCCUCAGUUCCAACAAGGCUUAGACAGACAGACAAUUCCUGCCAGGGACAGAUUCACAGCUCGUCUCAGGUCACCACUAUUUAACAAGAAAAUCUGCAAAGUGCACCAUCGUACGUGUAUUUGCGAGUGCUGUGCGGGCUGGCCAGCCCUGCAGCAAAGCAGACACACACUCCUCCGCCUUUGCCAAUUUAUUAUGAGAAGAUGGCUGAACUUGCUGAGAGGCCUCAAGGUAUCUUGGAGGGAUUUCGUAUUACCAUAUUCACCUUUAAUGAGAUGUUACAUAGCAUGCAGAUUUAGCAAGCAUCAGUGCAUAUUCACAGGUCUAUACAUUGUCUGUUCUUUGUGUAAAAACACUUCUAACAUCCUUGUUACCAGCUGCCUUCA